AUGCACAUUCCUGGACUGGUCUCCAGCAAAUACUUCAUCCCACUACACACAGACACCACGCCACCCAAGCAGAAGUUUAAAUCCAUCCAGGUGCAGAGUAAAUACAUAGAUAUAGAGCCACACUAUCUGGCCAUGACAAACAACUAUGUGUUUGCUGCCUCAAAGGAGAAUUUUUAUCUGUGGCAUUUCAAGACACCAAAGGCCCAUAGUUCCAUGGAAUUAUCAAGUGCUGUUAAAACUGACCGUCAAGAACGACUUUACCACAUUGAUGAUACACCAACAGGUGUCUCUGAUGUUUUCAGAGAAGGAGACAAAUUAUAUGAGGCUACUAGUGACCCUGUAUGCUGUAUAACUGCAAGUGAACGGGUACUAAUUAUUGGAAGGGAAUCUGGAAAACUUCAAAGAUAUACUCUUCCACAUGUUGCUCUCAUUGCACGUUACUCUCUCCCGUGCCGACCACAUCGUUUGGCACUGAACUGUAAUUCAUCUCGACUGGCCAUCGUUGAUAUCACGGGACUACUUACAUUCUUAGAUCUGGACACUCGCUCAUCGGACAGUAGUGGCUCUGAAAUUAUGGGUUCCAUACUGAAAUUUGAGCGAAAGGACGUUUGGGAUAUGUGCUGGGCUCAAGACAACCCAGAAUUAUUUGCAAUGAUGGAGAAGACUCGUAUGUAUGUUUUUCGCAACAUGGAUCCUGAAGAACCUGUGGCCAGUUCUGGGUAUCUUUGCAGCUUUCAGGAUCUUGAGAUUCGUGCAGUUCUCCUGGAUGAAGUGAUGCGCGAGCCUGAGUCACCCACCACAGACCAUUUGCUCCAUUUAGAAGUUAAGAGUUUACGAGAUACUCGUGAUCUUCUGGAGAAAGUUUCAAUUAAAGAUGCUGCAGCCUUCAUUGAUGAGAAUCCUCACCCAAGACUUUGGCGUUUACUUGCUGAAGCAGCGCUAGAAAAGCAAGAUCUGAAGAAUGCAGAAGCAGCCUUCGUCCGAUGCAAGGAUUAUCCAGGAAUACAAUUGGUUAAACGUAUAUCCAACAUCCAAAAUGAAACUCUACGUAAAGCAGAAGUAGCGGCAUAUUUUAAAGAUUUUGAUGAAGCAGAAAAACUCUAUCUGGAGGUUGAUCGAAGGGAUGUUGCCAUAUCUCUCCGUCGCAAAUUAGGGGAUUGGUUCAGAGUUGUUCAACUCCUGAAAUCUGGUUCAACUGGCGAUGAUGUGCAAAUGGAAGAAGCACUGAAUAAUAUUGGCCACUAUUAUGCUGAUAGACAUAAAUGGGAUGAUGCAGUGAAGCAAUUUGAAUCAGCCCAUAACCAUGAGAUGUUGGCUCUGUGUUAUUAUCAGCUUGAAGAUUUUGAGGCUUUGGAGUCACUUGUUCGCUCUUUACCAGACAACUCUACUCUCUUGGCCUCCAUUGCAGACAUGUUUACCAGUGUUGGAAUGUCACAGCAGGCUGUUGCUGCCUACAUGAAGGUAUGAGUUUAUAUCCUGGAA